CGUUUUUCGUGGUUGUUUUUAUACAGAAUAGGCUACAUUAAGAACCUGAAAAUUAAGGGAAACCUUAUGGUAUUUGUUUAACCACCUGAAAGAUUGAUUUUGUGCUGUAACUUUGUGGAUUUGCUGUCUAUGAAAAUGGCCGAAAGCACUGCAAUUUCAAAAUCUGACAACUGUCGUGAUGUGUGUGUUUGCAAUAUAUGUGCCAAUGAGUAUGAUGAAGGAGAUUACGUUCCCAAAGUGCUACCCUGUUCACACACAAUAUGCCUUCUCUGUGUCAAUAAAUUAAUAGUUGGUGGCUCCUUAAGUUGUCCAGAAUGUCGACAAAAACACCCUGUACCAAAGGCACCAAGUACUCUUCCAACAAACAGAAUUGUAUAUGAAAUGAUGGAAGCAGUAAAAGACAAUUCAAUUGGAACCACAGUCAACCUCGUGUGUGACCGCUGUGUGAGACCGGAAUGGAAACGCAAAGCUACAGGAUGGUGUUGUACUUGUCGAGAAUACAUGUGCCACUUAUGCGAAAGACACCAUAGAGUUGAAAAAGUAUCAGCAAAUCACAAUAUUAAAAUUUUUCAUCAAGCUAAUGCAAGUUCAGAAUAUUACUGUGAUUACCACAAAUCGGAAAUACUAUGCAGAGUGUGUUUAUCUUGUGGGCUUCAAAUACUGUGCGAAAAAUGUGAUGGUCAUAGGCCCAAUGGACACAAUGUAGUCACAUUCAAUGAAUUUGAUAUUGAAAGUUUGUCUGAUCAGAUGCGUCAACAAGCCUCCAUGAUCCAAGGUUUUCAAACUAUUGCAGUUACAAAUAAACAACGACAAUCAAGUGCCUACAAAAAAUAUUUUGACAGUAUAGAAGAUUCUAAAACAAGUGUACAGUCUCACACAGAGAAAAUGAUCGAAGUUCUUAGAGACAAAGAGAAAUAUCUUUUACAACAGUUAGACAAUAUGAAAAUAAUUGGUGGAAAGGAACUUAAGAAUUCUGAUGGGAAAUUUCACAAUAUUCUUGAUAGCAUUGAAGAAGUCAUGUCUGUAGGAUUCCAUCCAGUAGAAAUGAUCAGAGCUCAUAAGCAAUAUGAGCUUUUCAUACAGGAUUUUCCGAAAACGCAUAAUGUAACACCAUCUAGACCUUCUUACAACUUUUUGGAAUUUGUACCUGGUAAUGUUCAUGAGUUUCAGAACAGCUUACAAAACUUUGGCAGUUUUCAGAAAGAUUGUGUUGCACCAGAAAACACUGAAGUUCGUAUAAAAACGGGAGUGCUACAUUCUAGAUCACAAUGUCGGGUUAAUUUGAGGAGGAUGGACAAAACAGCUGCAAGUAACAUCAACAAUGUGUCAGUGUUAAAGGCACAAGUCUUGCAUAACAAAAACCUCCUUAAAGAUACUGUGAUUUCAAAUUUAGGAGGGGGAAGGUUUUCGGUAUCAUAUACUCCUCAUAAUCUUUCAAACCAUCAAAUAAAGGUAUGGGCAUUUGAUAACCUGGUUUGUGAUGAAGUUAUUCCCAUUGUAGAAAUAUCAGUGAAAAAUUUGGUACCCUCCAUAAACCUGGCCAAUGAAUUCAAUGUUACUAUUGAACAGCGGUGCUUCAAUAACAUUUUUGGAGAUAAUGGGGAGGGAAGAUUUAAUCCAUGGCCUGAAUUUGAGGUUGUAUGUAGGAACCAAGAUGAGUCAAAAUUGGAAACAAAAAAGCUAGAGUCUUUCAUUGAUACAGAAAUAUUUACAUGUAUUCCAAACAAGGUGGGAGUUGUUUCAGUUAAUGUUUAUCAUGAAGCCAAACCAUUACCUCUAUGCCAGAAAGAAAUGCUUGUAUUUCAGAAAAGUAUUGAGGUUGGUGAGAAUUUGUGUUGUCAAGAUUUCGCUGUAUUACCAACUGGGGAGUUUGCGGUUGUCUGCUUUUCAGCACACACUUCUGGUCAACUCUGUUUAUUAAAGUAUGACGAAAAUGGCAGUUUUAUUAAAAGAUGUGCAAUGAGCAGACAACCAAAAGAAGUUACAAAGAUAUCGAUGACCUGUGAUUUUGAAUCUAAUUUGUAUGUACUUUUUUGUGACAAAAAUAAUAAUUGCUCUAUUGAUGUGUACAGUAAGAAUUUACAAUUCAAAGAAAAUAAUCCAUACCAAUCACAUGUAGAUGAAUAUGAAGAUCUUCACUUGUGUUUCUUGAAGCUGAACUUAAAACAUGAGAUGAUAUUAAGUGAUGCCGAUAGUGCUUGCUUUUGGGUUUUGGGUAAAGAAGGAACUCUUCAAAAGAAAGUAACUCCUCAUGGAGCAAAGCAGGAAGACAUAAAUGUCGGACACUUUUGUAUGGACAAAGAAAAUAAAAUUGUUUUCUGUGAUCGUCAGCAGGGAAAGGUGCAUUACAUUGAUGAAGAAGGAAACAUUGUUUGGACAAUUCAUCGGCUACAAGCUCCAAGUUUGGUAGCAGUAAAUGAUGACUCAGUUGCUAUCUUUAUUCAAGAUCAUAUUUUGAUAAUUAAAAAAGAUUCAUUAGAAAUAAAAUUAAAGAUACCAUGUAAAUUUAAUAUCUUUCAAAUGUCACUAUGCAAGAAUGAUGGUCUAAUGAUUAGUGAUAGAGAUAUGAAUUGCAUUAUGAAAGUUAAUUAAGGAACUAUAAACACUGAGGAAAUAAUACAAUUACAUGGUACUAUGUACCAUGUAAAAUGCAUGAAGCUUUUAUUGGUAAACAACACAAAUGUUUUCGGGCAUUCAUCAGGUCGCUCUUUAUUACAGCCUGAUGAAGUGCGAAAAUGUGUGUUAUAUAGGCCUACAAUAAAAAGUUAUAGAAACUACACUUUUAUUUCAUGUUUUAUGUACAUCUAUAAUAUAAUC